AUGGAAAUAUGUAAAUUAUUACAUAAUAGUGGUGCAAAUAUCAACACAGGUGAUAUAUCUGCAUCUACUCCACUUCAUGUUGCGUGUAGAGAAAAACAUGAACGUAUUGUUAAAUUUUUAAUAGAAUAUAACGCAAAUGUUAAUGCAGUUAAUAGAAAAAAAGAGUCGGCAUUGUACACUGCGUAUUUGAAUUUAAUCCAAAUUGAAUGUUUGAAACAACACACUCACAUUUUGACAUCACUAUCUGCUUGUCGGAAAGAAUUUAGCAUUUAG